AUGGCCAAUGCGAAUGGCUCCGAUCCGCCCAAGCGCGACACGAGAAACCAUGUCCUGUUCGAGGUAGCUACAGAAGUUGCAAAUCGAGUGGGAGGUAUCUACUCCGUCCUCAAGUCCAAAGCCCCCGUCACGACCGUCGAAUAUGGUGAGCGAUACACACUCAUUGGGCCUCUCAACCGCGCCUCAGCUGCCGUCGAGGUGGAAACCCUGACCCCGACCAAUCCGCAUCUGGUCGACACCAUCGCGUCGAUGAAGGAACGCGGCAUUGACCUGAUAUACGGACGCUGGCUGAUCGAAGGGGCUCCUCGAGUGCUCCUCAUAGAUACCGGAACAGGGUAUCGCUACCUGGAUGAGUGGAAGGGCGAUUUGUGGAACGUCGCGGGCAUUCCAUCUCCCGCGAACGACCACGAAACCAAUGAGGCCAUUGUGUUUGGGUAUCUGGUGGCCUGGUUUCUGGGAGAGUAUAUCUCCUACGACACGAAACGGGCCGUGGUGGCCCAUUUCCAUGAGUGGCUGGCAGGCGUUGCGCUGCCCUUGACGAAGAAGCGUCAUAUGGACCUGACAACCAUCUUCACCACCCAUGCCACCUUGCUGGGCCGCUAUCUAUGUGCCGGGUCAGUGGAUUUCUACAACAAUCUCCAGUACUUCGAUGUCGACGCCGAGGCGGGCAAACGCGGCAUCUACCACCGUUACUGCAUCGAACGGGCUGCUGCCCACUCGGCCGAUGUCUUCACUACCGUAUCGCAUAUUACGGCCUUUGAGAGUGAGCAUCUGCUGAAACGAAAGCCAGACGGUGUGUUGCCCAACGGUUUGAACGUGAAGAAGUUCUCCGCCAUGCACGAAUUCCAGAAUCUCCAUUCCCAGGCCAAGGAGAAGAUCCAUGACUUUGUCCGGGGCCAUUUCUAUGGCCAUCUGGAUUUUGAUCUGAACAAUACGCUGUAUUUCUUCACCGCCGGCCGGUACGAAUACCGCAAUAAGGGGGUCGACAUGUUCAUCGAGUCGCUGGCCCGACUCAAUCACCGCUUAAAGACCAGCGGAUCCAAGACCACCGUGGUGGCCUUCAUCAUCAUGCCCGCGCAAACCUCAUCGCUCACCGUGGAGGCCCUGAAAGGCCAAGCGGUCGUCAAGUCGCUCCGGGAAACCUUGGAGAAGGUGGAGAAGAACAUUGGCAGACGGCUCUUUGAACGAUGCCUGGCCUGGAAGGAGGGAGACAACAUGCCCGACGAGAAAGACCUCAUCACCAACCAAGACCGUGUCUUGCUCCGUCGCCGUCUCUUUGCGCUUAAGCGACACAAUCUGCCUCCCAUCGUCACCCAUAACAUGGUCAAUGACGCGGACGACCCCAUUCUGAACCAGUUGCGUCGGGUCCAGCUUUUCAACCACCCGUCGGAUCGAGUCAAAAUCGUCUUCCACCCUGAAUUCCUCAAUUCAGCCAACCCGGUGUUGCCGCUCGACUACGAAGACUUUGUCCGUGGGACGCACCUGGGGGUAUUCCCAUCCUACUACGAGCCAUGGGGCUAUACUCCGGCCGAGUGCACCGUGAUGGGGGUCCCCAGCAUCACGACGAACCUCUCCGGGUUUGGCUGCUACAUGGAAGAUCUGAUUGAGAAUUCGUCCGACUACGGAAUCUACAUCGUGGACCGCCGGUUAAAGGGCGUGGAUGAUUCCGUCAACCAGCUCACCGACUUCAUGUUCGACUUUGCGAUAAAGAGCCGGCGGCAGCGCAUCAACCAGCGGAAUCGAACGGAGAGGCUGAGCGACCUUCUGGACUGGAAACGGAUGGGCCUGGAAUAUGUCAAGGCUCGACAGCUCGCACUGAGACGAGCGUAUCCGACGUCAUUCGACCCUGCGGAGGAUUUCAAUGAUAUCAUUGGAGGCACUGCGCAGAAGAUUGCACGUCCGCUUUCGAUCCCGGGCUCUCCACGCGAUCGCAGUGGCAUGAUGACUCCUGGCGACUUUGCUUCGUUGCAGGAGGGCCGCGAGGGGCUGAGCACGGAGGACUAUAUUGCCUGGAGGUUGCCGGAGGAAGAAGAACCAGAUGAAUACCCCUAUCCGCUCACCUUGCGGACGAAGAAAGCGGGGGAUCGGCCGCCGUCGCCGCUGGAUAUGAUAUCUUUGAACGGGAAUUAG